CAUUUUCGCCUUUUCUUAUUUCUUGUGAUUCAAGCAUGUCGAAAGGAAACAAUGAUAUUCUGUCAUUCGAGGAUUACAAGUUGCCACCCUUAGGUCAUGCCAUUUCGGGUGCUGUGGGAUCUACUAUUGCCAACUUGUUUAUAUAUCCGUUAGAUAUCUCCACCACUAGACUUCAAUUAAAAGGAGAUGAUGAAAAGAAACAAGGAUUGUUAGAACAAAUCAAAACUAUUUAUGAAAAGGAAGGCGGACUUAAAGGAUUAUAUGCUGGCCUCGGAUCAGAUACCUUAGCAACAGUAUUAUCCAGCUUUAUCUAUUUCUAUUGCUAUACUGCUUUACGGAAUCUACAGGAGAAAAUGAAUACAAACAUAGGUAAAUCUUCAGCUGAAUUAAACGUUGCCCAGGAGUUAUUUUUAGGGGCCGAAGCUGCUCUCAUUUCCAGAUUCUUUACAACACCUGUAUCCAAUAUUACAACUAGACUUCAAACUGCAGGACAUAAUGAAAAGGGAUUUAAGGAGAUUGCGUUAGAUAUUUUAAAAGAAAAGGGUAUCACCGGUCUUUGGACAGGAUAUCGCGCUUCGAUUGUUCUGGUUUCAAACCCAUCGAUCACAUAUUUCAUGUUCGAAAAGAUCAAGUCGAUUUACAUGCGUACACAAAAGAAAUCCAAUUUGACAGGAUUGCAAGUGUUUUUAUUUUCAGCCUGUGCCAAAAGCAUAGCAACUAUGUUGACUUAUCCUUUUAUAUUUUUACGUACACGCAUGAUUGGUGGUGGUAAACAACAGGAUGGAAUCAUUGAUAGUUUGAAAGCAGUAAUUGAUAAGGAUGGUUAUACUGGUCUUUAUAAAGGCAUGCAAGCUCAAAUUAUUAAGGGUUUCUUCAACCAAGGCAUCAUGUAUAUGAUCAAAGAUUAUGUUGCUGCCUACUUGGCCUUGGUAUUCUACCACUCUUUUAAACUUAAAAUGAGAGCAAAGCUUGCUCAGUAAUAAUAAAUUUUUGGUGUAAAUUUUGUUCACAGCUUCAUUUUGUGGAAGUUUCAUAAAU